UUCCGUGCGUCCUUCACUAGUGCCUGUGAACGUAGUUUUGAGGGAUCAUUGGAUGACAGAAAAUUAAUAAUAUACAUAAGGAAAUGACAUACAAGCUAUUUGAACACUUUAUUAUGUGAGUGGGGAUGAACUGGGGCACAACCGAGCAGGUGUUGGUAAAACAGGAGAGAAAAACCGCUUCCAGUGAGCUGUGAGCGCAGGUGAGCAGCUGCAGGUGCGGUAGUGAGGACGGGUUCAGAGGGGGCGUGGCUUGUGCACUACCUGCAGUAUGGGGGUUCGGGUUACCUGUCCCUCUUUAGUCGCUUGAUUGGGUUUUCCUGCUGUGGACUGCAGAUGAUUCCCGUCUGCGGAAUCCCUUUUCCCUUCUUUUAUCAGAUAAGCGGUCACGUGAUGCCAGGAUGCCUGGAGUCCCACCGGACCGGUCCCUUUUAGAGCACAUUGGUGAUGAGAGGGGUAUGGAGGGGUUUCUGGGUCGGUCAGACUCUCCUCUACUCCCCCCGCUGCAUCCCCUGGAACUAACUGGGGAGGAGGAACCUGAGGGAUGUGGACAACUGGAGAGGAGGUGGGUCCUGUGGCAGGAGUUUAUGACAUCACACGCCCAACUGGACACCUGGCUACUGGUUGCUGAGCAGGCUGUUGGUGCCCCUCCCCCCACCCACGUUACCUACAUCACUGCCAGCGACGAAAUUAGGAAGUUUGAGAGGCUGCGAUGCGAGGCCAGGUCUCAACUCAUUCAGUUGGACCGUAUGACCCAGAGGAACCGAACGCUGACUCGCCUGUUUCAGGGUGCCAUGCAGGCCCGGCUUCUGGCGUCAGUUAGGGAUUGUGGGCAAAGAUGGGACAACGUGAACACCAAACUGGAAUCCAUCACUGGACGAUUGAAGGUCCUUGUGUCAGAGUGGGAGGGUUUUGAAGCAGAGAGGGAGGAGCUUGCUCUCUGGUUGGCGGAGCUGGAGGUCCGUCUGACAGAGGUGGAUCACCUGAAAGGAAACACCUGCGAAAAGUUGAGGCAGCUGCAGUCCUUCCAGCAGAGUGUGUGUGUGAACUCUGGCCGUGUGAACGCCCUGCUGCAGCGCGGCGAGGCCUUGAUGCAGAUCAGUGAAGCGACUGAUGCUCGGCGUGUGGAGAGUCGCCUGCUGGAGCUGCUGCGUAGCUGCAGCCUCGUCUACAGCAACAUCGCACAGACACACACGCGGCUCCUGAGCAUGAGACUGGUGUUUGAGGACGACUGGGUUCUCUCUCAGGCUACAGACUCUGGUUGUCCUUCAGAGACUGUAUUAGAGGAAGAGGGAGCACUUGACAUGGCCGACCUUGACCUCCUUGCCUUUCCAAACCGCCCUAAAGUUCGACUCCGUCCUCCUCCUCCAUCCCCUAGCUCUCCCACCCAUGAGCACCUGGGGCUGGAGUGGGACCCCUCUGUCGAUAUCGGACAUUCUGUCUCCCAGGACGAUGACGACUCGUUGUAUUUCAGUGCCAGCAUGGCUCUAUCUCACGCAGAUGGUGUGAAGAGGUUGACCUACCUCAGCUUGGUCGACCCUCUGAAUGAUGACAAUGACAUCACCAAUCAGGAAGCAGAUCUGCAAUUGCAGAGAUGGCUUGGUCACACCCACCCCAGCAUCCCAUCACCAGUAGCGACCCAGGGGGACCGACUUCGACCAAAUAGAGAACUGUGGGCCACCUCGACUCCUGAGAAAGUGGACGGUGAACCAGUGGGCUUUGACAGCGGGCGUGUAAGGGCGUGGCUCGGCGUCCAGCUUCCCGGCCCUCCAGGGAAUGCAACUUGCUCUUCAAAAGCAGUUCAGACUGACUGGCAGGUGGAGUGUCACCACAGAGUAGCACCCAACCAGCUGGCUUUUCAUGUCAACAAUGCACAGCUUUUUUCUGGACCUGCUCCUUUGCCAUCACAUGACCUACAUUCCUCUGAUCGGGCGAAGCUCCAAAGCGGAUCACCGGAACAGAACUCAAAGGCUGAAGAGGAGCAGCCCUGUUGGGAAGAAGCUGAGCGUCGUCUCUCCAAACAAAGUGUGACCUCCAGCAGCAGGCCUCCCUCUGUCCUGCCCCCCCCGGCCCCCCUCUGCCUCCUACUGGCUGCAGCUCUGGCGCUCCUGGCCGGUCUCAUCUGGCUCGGCCUGGAGCCGGCCUAUCACUGCAGCAGCAGGGCACCUCGGGGCUUCCACCUGGCGCUAAGGUACGUCAACGGACCCCCGCCUACAUGAAGACCACCCUGAGACCCCUCAUGGAAUUUCAUUCUCAAAAGAAAAGGACUCCUAAUGCCAUAGCAUUAGAGCUGUGGAGGGAUGAAGUCAGUAGUCAUAGCCAAAGAGCCUCUGUGCCUUGCAUUACCAAACAUAUUUAAUGAAGCAGAAAAUCACUGUUGUAUUAGAAGAUGGGUUGCCUUGCUUACACGGCUUCUAAUUUGCUGUCCGUGAUAUUGUCGUUGUCAAACACUUUGUUUGAUGAUUCAUGUCCAAAUUAUGAAGAAUGUUCUACUUGAUAUCAAUCACUGACUGCCUUGUAUUUAUAAUUCAUUAAGAUGUUUUGCAAAAUGACAAAAGGGAAAUGUUUUUUCAUGCCCACCACCUUUUUGUAUAUAACUGCUGGCCUUUUCUCAGACAAACAAAAGUGUGUAUGAAUGUUGUUAAUUUUUUUCCAGGCAGCUUUUGUUUUCAGUGAAUUGUUUGAAGACUUAAACCCAAAAAUUAUCCCUUAAUGUCAAGAGAAUAUGUAUUUAUUGAAGCCAGAAUUUGACAUUUUGGUACAACUUCUCUAAAGGUAAUUUCUUUUGUGACCAAAAUAAAAACAUGAUGGAUUAUUUCCAGCACUAGUUUCUCCUCUCGAAGACACAGAAACUAUUUUGUAUUUACUCCGUUUUAGACUCUAAAGCGUCUAAUGAUUUCUUUGCUUCUUUAUCGCUGUGGGAUUUGGACUAAUUUACAAAAUCACAGUCCGUGAAACACAAACCUGGUGGUACACAGUUUAACUUGUUGAUUGCCAGUGAUGCCGGACGCUGUUGCCUGGUGUAGCAUGUGGGGUCCGAGGGGACGGGAGAGUUUCAGGUAGCCAGCAUUGUGUCCCCGCUGUGGGUAAAAAGCGAGCGCCAGCCCACUGUGGGUCUGAGUCGGUUGUUUUUUUGUCAUUUUAUCAAUGGACAUUUCUUCUUUUGGAUGAUGCGGUUGUUGAGUCGAUUCGCUUUGUUCACGUUUGUUGGAGCAGCUUCACACAACUGAAAUGUCUCGGGGGAAAAUGUAUGCCCAGGUUUCCUAAAAGGUUUCAUUUCAAGAGGAUGACAUUUUGGGCAAACUUUGUGUCAGUGGCUGCAGGAUGAUGAAGAUAAAGUAGAUGCGUGUUUGGCAAAAUCAUAGGAAAGAACUUUAAGUCAAGUGUAAUCUAAAAGAUUUAACUUUUAGUUUGUUUCAGAUAUUGCAUCAAGUCAAAUGUUUAUGCUUUUUUAUAUGUAUUUGAAUACAACAAAUAAAAGGAAAUGU